AUGGCCGGGGAACUGCUCUCCUUCCGCGCCUUCCUCGACGGCCGCCCCGCAGGCUGCGAGUACGGCUACGGGCACGGGGACGGGCUCCGGGCGCUGCGGGACCGCGAGUUCCCCCGGCUGCGAGGGAUUACUUACCUUGACCAUGCUGGUUCAGCACUUUUCCCAGAGAGUCUACUUAAAGCUUUUACUGAUGACCUCAGAAACAACGUUUAUGGCAACCCUCAUAGUCAGAAUAUCAGCAGCAAGCUGACAUAUGACACAAUCGAGCAUGUUCGAUACAGAAUAUUGCAAUACUUUCACACUACUGCUGAGGAUUACACCAUCAUUUUCACAUCUGGAUGCACAGCUGCACUUAAACUGAUAGCAGAAUCAUUCCCUUGGAUACCUGAAGGCACAAAGCAGCCCAGCAGUCGAUUUUGUUACCUAACUGACAGCCACACAUCUGUGGUUGGUAUGAGGGGCAUAACUGCUUCAAUGAAUGUCUUGUCUGUUCCAAUAAAACCAAAGGAAAUUUUGGUAGCAAAAAGCAGGUUACCAGCUGAAGAACAAAACUGCACAACACCUCAUCUAUUCUCUUACCCAGCUCAGAGCAAUUUCUCUGGUACCAAAUAUCCCCUUUCAUGGAUACAGGACAUAAAAUCUGGAAGACUCUGCCCCAUCAAACUACCAGGGAAGUGGUUUGUUCUACUAGAUGCAGCCUCGUUUGUGAGCACUUCUCCAUUAGACCUGGGAGUUCACCAAGCUGACUUUAUCCCCAUCUCAUUCUAUAAAAUUUUUGGAUUCCCAACUGGUUUAGGUGCAUUAUUGGUAAACAACAGGAUUGCUCCCCUCUUGAGGAAAACCUAUUUCGGAGGUGGAACUGCAGCUGCCUACCUCGCAGGAGAGGAUUUUUAUUUCCCCAGGAAAUCCAUAGCAGAAAGGUUUGAAGAUGGUACAGUCUCUUUUCUUGAUAUCAUUGCUCUGAAGCAUGGAUUUGAUGUUCUGGAAAAACUCACAGGUGGAAUGGAGAAAAUAAAGCAGCAUACCUUUGCCUUAGCUCACUACACCUACACUGUGCUGUCUAACUUGAAAUAUGCCAAUGGGGCUCCUGUAGUACGUAUUUACAGUGACACAGAUUUCAGGAAUCCUGAUGCCCAAGGUCCAAUCAUUAAUUUUAAUGUGCUCGAUGAAAAUGGACAAGUGCUCGGCUUUUCACAGGUGGACAGCAUGGCGAGUCUCCACAACAUACACGUUCGCACAGGCUGCUUCUGUAACACUGGAGCCUGCCAGAUGCAUCUGGACAUAAGCAAUGAGGACAUCCAAAGGAACCUGCAGGCUGGCCAUGUCUGUGGAGAUAACAUAGACUUACUUGAUGGACGUCCCACUGGUUCUGUGAGAAUAUCCUUUGGCUACAUGUCUUCUUUUGAAGAUGCACAGACUUUUUUGAAUUUCAUCAUAGCCACCAGACUCUCCAACUCGGAUGCUGAGAUUCCUCUCCAGUCUGUUACAAAGCUGCCGACAGAGUCUGUUCCAGAUGACCACCUUUCAUUUAACAAGGCAGAUGAAUUGUCUCCAAUACUGCAAAUCUCUGACAGAGAACUCGGGAAUAUUCCAUCUGAGGCAGAGACAACUGGCAGCUGGCAGCCACCAGAACCUGAGGCAGAAAGCAUGAGGGCAGCUGUUUCUGAGACUGCAGUGCCAACGUGUAGAAAAGGUGGCAAGCCCAUCACUGUCGCCAAAAUUUACCUCUACCCAAUCAAAUCCUGCUCUGCAUUUGAGGUUACAGAAUGGCCUGUAGGAAACCAGGGUUUGCUGUAUGACCGCAGCUGGAUGGUUGUAAACCAGAAUGGAGUCUGCAUGACUCAGAAGCAGGAGCCAAGGUUGUGUCUUGUGAGCCCCUCAAUUGAUCUGAAGCAAAAAAUUAUGGUCAUUCAGGCAGAAGGCAUGGACCCAAUAUCUGUGCCACUAGAAGAUAAUACUGGAAAAGAGGCUGUGAUCUGUGAGAGUAAAGUCUGUUCACACAGGGUAAAAACGUAUGACUGUGGAGAAAGAAUUGCUGGCUGGCUCUCUGCGUUUCUUGGUCGUCCAUGUCGCUUGAUAAGACAAAGUUCAGACAUGAAAAGCAAGUCACAUCAGAAAAAUACAAAAGGUCUGUCAUCUGCUACAAACAUCUCACUCUCUCUUGUGAAUGAAGCACAAUACCUCCUGAUAAAUGUAGCAAGCAUUCUGCAGCUGAAAGAACACAUUUCUGCAAGAUUGAAGGAGCCAUUGGAAAUAGAGGAACUGAUCCGACGUUUCCGUGCCAACAUUGUCAUCAGUGCACCAGAGUCCUUUGAAGAGGAGGAGUGGGCUGAGAUUUCAAUAGGUGCUCUGCAAUUCCAGGUUGUGGGUCCAUGUAGCAGAUGUCAAAUAAUCUGCAUUGAUCAACAGUCUGGGGAACGAAACAAAGAAAUUCUGCAGUCCCUGUCUGCUGCCAGAGGUAGAAAGACAAACUUUGGCAUAUACCUGAUGAACCAGCCCUUUUGCUCAUCCUUUUCAGAUACUUUAUCAGUGGGAUCUCAAGUACUUCCAGUGCUGAAGGAGAGUACAGAAAUUCAACCUCCAACAUCCAGUGAAGAAAAAUGUUCAGGAUAGAUUCUCAGGUGGAGAUGAAAUUUUUAUGCAACUACAGGGAAAAGUCAGUAGUCAGUUACACAAAAA